CGUUAGGAUGAAUCUCUGCCAUCAAAUAUUCAACGCAGUAAUGGCGGAGGAGAACGAGUUCCUGAACGCCUACGCCAGCAUUAAAACAGCGUAUAAGGCAGCCAUGACUCAGGUGGAGCUGGCCGUUAAGCAUGAGGAGCAGGAAUCCCCAGGACAGGCCAUUGAGGCCUACGAGCUCGCCCUGAAAAUGAUGGAGGACACUUUCGCAAUUCCAGUAGGUCUUCCCGAGGAGAUAGAAGCCGUGCAGACCGAGUGGAACGACGCCUGCGCCUUGAUCCAGAAACUGAAGAGCGCCAAAACGGAAGUCACCUACCGUCUAAAGGUUUUGCGGUCCCAGAACCAACCCAUUGACGAUGAAGCCCUGGAGGCCGUAGAGGAAAGUCGCACUGAAGUGGAUGCAAAUAGGCCGCUGCUGGCGGAGAACCCCUCCACGCAUUAUGAUAUAUCCAAUGCUAGUGGAAGACCAAAGACAUACAGGGAACUGGCUGACGGUUUGAGGAGGCUUUUAGCUGUUCCCGACUCCCAUGCCCUGCUGGAUGAGCUCUUCCGCGCCCAGGUGAAAAUGUACCGCAUUGAAGCGAAUGGAACUGUUACUUCUAUAAGUGGAUCGUCCACCAUGUCGCUGGUGAUGUGCACCGUGGGUGGUGAAUGGAAGUACCUCAGCGGUAUUUACUUCAUCCAGUGCUCCAUGCCGAAUGAGGAGACCGGAAUGAUUUGGCUCUACCCUCUGGUUCCCUCGAUCACCAACUGCUAUCGCACAGAGUAUGGAGCCUUCAUCUUUCCGGAUAUGGAGUGCCAGCAGCCAGGGAAUGCCUUUGGUUUAAUGCUGACCAAGGAUGGCCAGCCUUCGUUGGACUCUGAUGAAGCACUGCAGGACUUGCAGCGGUUCUUCCUCGACCUGUUGGAGGCUGUCCUCGCUGGCACGGUGGAGCAGCUGAAAUCUCCGACCUCCCAACGUGCUGGCCUCGCUUCAGAUUCCGCUUCCGGUUCGGAGCAGGUGUCCAGACACAUUGUGAGUGCGGCCGAUUUCAUUGCUCGAAAUCUGGUUAGGGGCGCCGAAAAGACGGGAGGCCUCAUGCUCAGAAGUACGCCGUAUCUCAUUUCCAAAAUGACACCCGCCGCUGCCGAUGCCCCCACUCAGGUGCCCAGCUCCGUACAGACUUCAGUUGAGGUGGCUCAGAAAGUGACGCAUGCCGCGGCCGGAAUGACAGGCUGGAUAGCCGGAAAGGUGGGCACUGCCUCGAUGGCAGUGGGUCGCUACCUGGCUCCUCACAUCCAAGAGCAGGGGUCCAAGUUGCUGCAGAAAGGAUUCGGCUACGACAGCAGCGAGGCGAAUAGCACCAUGGAGGGAGCCAUGACCAUAGCAGCAGGAGCCGUGGAGGGUGUCAGCACGGUGUUCGAUGGCCUCGAAACAUCGGCCAAGAUCCUGGGUUGCAGCCUCAGCCAAAAUUCGGUCAAAAUAAUCGAACACAAAUAUGGUCAACCGGCAGGAAAUCUGGCUAGUGGCACUUUUGACACUGUAGGCAAUGUUUUCGUGGUCAGCCAGAACGUGAACUACAUUACUCCCAAAGGCAUUGCCAAGAAAAUGGUCAAACGAACUGGAGAAGCCGUGGUCAGCGACUACAAACGAGACUUACGCAAAUCGGAAUCUCAUUACAUAAAUGCCGGUGCACUCUAUCCGGAUCUUCGGGCCUUAAAGGAAUGAGUGUCCUUACCAAAAAUAAUAUUAAUACUUUGUAAUCGUUGAUAUUGAUAUACUGAUAUAAUAUUUAUGGCUUAUUCAUCAGAGACUUUUA